AUGGAUCCCACACCGUUUGAAGCAGUGUCAAUGGAAACAGAGCCAACUCUGCAAUCCGCAGAUGACGACAACUCCUCAUUCUCCAUUCAGAUGAUCAUAAAUAUGAUCUUCCUCAUUCUCGGCAUCCCAGCCAACGUGUUGGCCGUAUUUUUCGUCUGGAAGAAAAGUGGAGGACUCCUGUCACCUGUGAUGCCGUUCCUGAUCAACUUGGCCGUAGCAGAUCUGUUGGUGCUCGCAGAGUAUGUUCCAUUCUACAUGGCAUAUGAGGCAUUGGAUUUUGUUUGGCCUUUCGGAAACUUUCUCUGCAAAACCGUCUUCUCGCUGACACACACAUUCAUGUAUGCUUCUUUGGCGACUUUGACAGCUAUCGCAAUGGAGAGGUACCUGAUCACAUUUUGCGACCCAAUCAGAAAAAGAACGGUUAAGUAUCCCAUCAUCGUUAUUUGGGUCGCUGCUAUUUCUGUUUGCAUUCCUCAACUGAUCUACCUCAAGACCAUACAAAUUGACACAUUUGAGGAGCUUGAAAUCCAGGAUAUCUCGUCAAAUGAAGUUGGGCCGAAGAAUGGCAUCGAUAAAAAAUGA